CGCGCGCGCCUCAGCGCACAGCGUGGACUUGGAGACGUCUUGAAGAUUUACGCACGGCGCCGCUACAGACGCGAGCAUUUCAGAGGAACCCUGACCAAACUCCAUAAAACGUCACUCCUACAAGCAGUCCAUGGGCCAGCUCCUGCCAAACGUUUACAUUUUUUUUUAUCGAGGAUAACACUUUUCUUUUUCUUUCUUCUGUUUUUUUUUCUGUUUUUCUUUUUUUCCGGGGUGACUUCAAGAGCGAUGGAAACAGUCCUAACAGGAGUCAAACUCUGAAGAGCAGCCGCGAUUUCCCCCUUUUUUUUCUUCCAAAUAAUAGAGAUCAUUAAAAGAGAGGAUGAUCCCGCCGGCAAACACGAUUCAGGACGACAGCGGGGGCAACGAGGAGGACCGGGACCAGGAUGAGACGCCAAAAUCCCCAACGACGAGCAACAGCCAGAAGGAAACCAAGAAUACUGUGCGGCCCGAACAUCAAAAACGCAAGCUGCAAAGACUCAAACGCUCGCUGUCCUUCAAGACCAAGAGCAUUCGCAGCAAAAGCGCCGAUAAUUUCUUCCGGAACAGCAGCGAGAACAAGACGGAGCUCCUUUCGGACGUGAGCAGCAGCACGGGCCAUCUCUGCAACAUCGGGAUGGCUCCCCCGCACACCACCAACCUCCCCAUUCCCCCGGUGCCCCCUGCAAUCCCCUGUGCUCCUCCUCCGACGUCGCGCUCCCAGUCACGCAACCCACUGCAAGUAGACUCUGCGGGACACUGCUUCAUGGAGCACAUCUUCAAAAAGCCCACCUUCUGUGAUGUCUGCAACCACAUGAUUGUAGGCACGACGGCCAAGCAUGUGGUGUUCCUGGCGGGAAACACGGCGAAACAUGGCCUUCGUUGCAAAUCCUGCAAGAUGAGCCUCCACCACAAAUGUGAGAAUGGCGUUGGACAGCAGCGCUGCAUGGGGAAACUGCCAAAAGGCUUUCGGCGCUACUACAGCUCCCCACUACUGAUCCAGGAACAGUAUGGCUGCAUAAAAGAAGUUCUGCCCAUCGCCUGUGGCAACAAAGUGGAUCCAGUAUAUGAAGCAUUGAGGUUCGGAACAUCGCUGGCACAGAAGGCCAAGAGGGCCAGCGGCUCAGAUUCUCCAAACAGAAACUCAAUCAGUGAGUUGGAUAAGGUUUCUGAGGAAGUUCUGGCCCACAGCAGUAGACAGGAGCUGUCGAGAAAGCACAGCGAUGACGUUUUUACAGUUUUUGAAAAUGGGACAGAGCGUUACCACCUGACUGACAGAAAAUAUGAGGAUGGUUAUCCGAAUCAGCUGCAGAGGGAUAUGCUCAAGCUCAACACCUACGUGGCCUUGUAUGACUACGCUGCCCAAGGGAGCCAUGACCUGGAGAUGAGAGCUGGAGAUAGAAUUCUUUUGGUUGAUGACUCCAACAACGACUGGUGGAAAGGGGUAAUCGAAGACAGAAUUGGUUUCUUCCCAUCAGCCUUUGCUCAUCAGCUCCGAGCUGAAGAACAGGUCUUCAGGUGCAACAGGGCUUUUAUCGGCUGCAAGGAGCAAAGCCAGCUCACCUUGAAGAAGGGACAGAUCUGUGUCGGCAGUGAGAUAGAACGCAACGGCUUCAUCAGAGUGACGAGUGGAAAGAAGAGGGGUUACGUGCCCUGUGACGUCCUGGAGAUCAUCUGAGACAAAGCCAGCGAAGAAGAACCACAACAAGAUAGUGGGGGCGGAACAGGCCGCCCGAUGAGGAAAAAGUAAGGCAUCCGCUGCAGUGGAGGAACUUCACCUCAUCAGAGACUGAAGUUCAGACCCAACACGAGCGGUUGUGGUUUGUCACCGAGCACUUUGGUUUGCUGCAGGUCUCCCUUUCAGUACGGAGUCAAACCGAGAGACAACAAACUGCUUCUGGUUUCCUAGAAGGCAGGAGAUCACUGUGUCACUGAUUUGAUUGAACUUUAAAAUCUGAAUGUUUUUCCUGCGUUUCCCAUUCCUGCUCAGCGUUCUUCACCUCCAAUCUCUCUCCUUUUAUAAAAAAAAGGGCUGCCAGCUAGUGUUAUGGCUCAAAAACAAAUGCUUCUAAAGCUUUUAUUUUGUUUUCCAUGAAAAUGUUAGUCACAGUGCCAAGUUGCAACAAUAUUUACUUUCCUUUUUUUCACAUUCCAUUCAAUUUGCGACAGUUAUUGAAGUGAUUAUAAAAUGAAAACAAAGCACUUCAAAAUGUAUUCUGAUCAAUUAUAUUAAAAAAUUAAACUAUAAUUCCUGUGAGAUUAAAAAAUAAGUCCUUUUUUCCCUCAUGCAUGGUGAAGGCAAGGCAAGGCAAGGCAAGUUUAUUUGUAUAGCACAAUUCGUACACAAAGUAAUUCAAGGUGCUUCACAAAACAGAAAAAUGCAUUAA